UGGUUGAGACCCUGGAGCGAUCGGCUUGGCGAGUAAGUCACUCUCUAUCUUGAUGCCAACGACAACAACCUCAUCCCUCCUCACAUCCACAUGGUCCUUGGUUGCUGUUCGAGCAGACUUGGGAUAUGUCUUAUUAUUCACUUGACUGAUUGAUAUGCGUCGAGUAUCUAUCCGUCCCUCCAUGCCAUCAUCCUCCUGUGACCUCUACGAUACAUGUGAUACCUGAUACAACCUCAUCAACAUGUGUGACGCCAUAUUCACCUUCGGGCAACGCGGCAGCCAUUUCUUCCAGUGUCCGUCGAGAAGAGACUAUACCCGCAUCCCCAAGAAGCUGCAACGCAUCCUCGCCACCAAAGAUAUUGCCCAUGUAUAUCACGUGACACUCGGAUUCGAGAACAGUUUCAUGAUAACAUACCGAGACCGCAAUGGAAACGACCACAUCGAAUUCCAAGGCCUCCCCUCAGAACUCACCACCUUCCUAACUGCCACACACCCAACAACCCACCUCCCCCUCCGGAGUCUUCCCUCCAUCACCCUCACCCUAGGACCGGAAAACGAAUCCUUCUUCGUCGGCGACGGGACCUCCUACCUCUGGAUGAACCUCCCCGGCCCCCUCCUCUCCGCCCUCCAAUCCCGCAUCUCCAACGGCUCCUGGACCGACAAACCGCGCCUCGUCGCCCUCGGCGCGUCAUCCAAUUUCCUGCUAAUAACGCAGAACAACGCCGCGGUGUGGGACCUCCCCGCGUACCGCACGCUCGGCGACAUGAUGCUGUAUUCGCAGGGCAAGGAGCGCGGGAUCGAGGAGGUGUGGGGCGUCGUGCUGCAUGCGUACCGCUACCAGGGGUUUGUCGCGAUGAGUAGGAAUGGCACGGUGCUGGGGGAGAAUCUGCCCGAGUGGAGUUUGAAGGGGUUGGAGGGGCUGAAGGCGCCGAUUGGGAGGGAUGUCAGGGAGGAGGAGGUUAGGAGGAGGCAGAGGGUAUUGGCGGCGAGGCCCGGGCUGGGAGAUAGGGAGAGGAGUGGGAAUGAGAGGUUGAGGCCGCAGGCUACGUUGAGGAGGCAGUGGGGGAAGGCGGUGGAUGAGUGGGCGGAUGGGAGGAGUGAGAAUAGGGGAGAUGACGGUGGGAGGGAGAGGGAACGGGAGAGGCAGAAGACGUAUUUCAAGACGCAGGCGAAGGGCAUGAAGUUAAGUUUGAGCUUGAGUAUUGGUAUUGGGGCAGGCGGUUUGACAAAGAUUCUGGGGUGAGAAUCAUGAGGCUAUCUUGCAUUUCCAAUUAUAUGACCGUUGUCCAGG